AUGUCCGGCUCCACACCCCGCCGCAUAGGAGCUGGCGCUCCACUAAGAGGGCUGUUUGUGGACGGCGUCUGGCACUGCGACUGUACUCCUCAGCAGCCAGCGAAUCAUUUCGAAGUGAAGAAGCAGGGUCCAAAUCAGGGCAGAUGGUGUAAGCGUCAAGAUGCUGCUUCGACAUGUCAGAAGCAGCCAGACGACAAAUCUCGGUGCAAGUUCUUUCUAUGGGACAGUGACGCUCAUCCCCGGGAGGCAGCUGCUCUUGCAAACAAUUCCCGUACCGAGUCUUCACACACGAAGAUUCCCUCCAAGCGUCCAGCAUCUCCUCCACCACCGUACACGAUUGGGUCUGAGAGCAGGGAAGGUGCCCGGAAACGAGAGCGAGCUCACAGCAUCGAUUUGGAUGAUGAGUUUGGCUUCAAGGCCAGCGAUGAGGCAUUCGAAGACGAUCUCUUGACUACAGUCGAUACGCCCAGGAAAGCAGCCAGAACAAGUACUUUGGUGACACCUUCGACGAGACGCACUCUACCUUGGAAUGUAGACCAUUCCAAUGGAAUUCAGAUGCCACAAACGGCUACUUCUCCUCGAGCUGGCCCCUCGUCAUCGAAUUCUCGCGAAUGUGUACCGCCAUCCUCUCAAACCGCUGGCACGCCACAUCGAAUUGCUACGCCUUCUUCUUCGCCAUACGAGAUGCCUAGACCUAGUCGCUCCAAAUAUAUGGGAUCAGAAGACCUUGCCCAUGAAGUGUCUACUCUCUUACAAAAUGCCAGAAUCAAGCUCGAUGUGCCGGCAGAAAACGAUCUUAUGUUUCUGCUGACCAAACAUAUGAAAGCCACAGAAGGUCUCAAACGAGGACGCGACGUUGCACGAUCUACGAUCAAAGCAAGAGAUGCCAAAGUUACCGAACUUAGCUAUCGGAUCAACACACUUGAAGCAGAACUCGAAGCAGAGAAAGCAUUGGUGAGGCACCUACAGUGGGAAAUUGAAACUGAGGACAGUGCAAGCUGA